AUGAAGGUCGAUGUGAGCAGAGUUAACGGCAGACAGAACUCUCGAGCGCUCCGGCGACUGGCAGCAGACCAUGGUGCACUGCACAGCCAACCUCUACCACCAAACUACCUCUUCCCUCCAGCCGGCUCGAACAACGACGACCUAACACAACUCGACAUCCUCCUGGCAGGACCCACUCAUACCCCAUUUUCAGCAGGCGUAUGGAAACUCCACCUUACCAUUCCGACAACAUACCCUCAACAACCGCCGACUGCGAACUUCCGGACAGCAAUCUUCCACCCGAACGUAGAUCCGCAGACGGGUGGUGUAUGCGUGGAGACGCUGAAGCGCGACUGGGACAGCAAGCUUACGCUGAGGGAUGUGCUGGUGACGAUCAGCUGUCUGCUCAUCCAGCCGAACCCGGAUAGCGCGCUGAAUGCGGAGGCGGGUGCUUUGAUACAGGAUGAUUACAGGGCGUUCUCGCAGAGGGCGGAGUUGAUGACCAGUAUACAAGCUGCGAUUCCGCAAGUUUUGCGAGAGGCUGCGCAGGAAGCGCAAGAUCGGGGGCAGGAGAGGGGAGUCAAGACGACUGAAGAUGAAAUGAGGGAUGUUCGGGAAAAACAACCCGAGGCACCUGUGCGAGCGAGGAGAGCAACGGCAAGGCAAAGGGGGGGAGGGACGUCUCGAAGAUCUGACGGGUCUCCGACUGGUGGCGCGGUGAGGAGGCGUCACAGGCAGCCGGCAGGCAAUCCUUUUGUCGUUCAGGCUGGCAAUGAUGAUGUCUUUGGCGGUUCUUCCAGAUCAGGUCCAGAAGCAACCAGAAUCCAUGAGGACGACGACAGCAGCAUGGUGGAUGAGAAUCAGGAGAAUGACGAGGCUAGAUCGCCCGUGAAAGCGCCCACACCCAAAGUCGCCGCACCACGAAGACCGCAAGGCGCCCCAGUCCCUCUAGGUGAACUGACUCUCGACGACAUUGCAUCCGAUAGCAACGACGAAAGCGAAGAAGCCGAGUACCCUCCCAGCCCGCGAAAGAGUCCAGUCAAGCGCCGACAGCAGCACAGCAACAGCAACGAAACCGCAAGCCGAGCAGAAAGCAGCAACACAGCCGCUGCACGAGCACGAAAUCUAACGCCUCAGAAUAACCCUCAGCUAAAACCACCCGCUGAAAAUUCACCCUUCGUCGAUUCCUCAUUCAUGGAACCUCACCAUUCACUUUCGCCUUGCAAGCAGAAGAACAACCUCUUCACGCCUGGACCUGCGCGGAAACCGCUAUUUCCUUCACUGCAUACACCGAAGCAUGAUGGAGGUGUGUUCAAGCCGCGAUCUCCUUCUUCGGCGGAGAAGAAGCGGGAGGAGGCGAGAAGGAGGGUGGAGUUGGAGGCGAAGCUGUGGGAGAUGUGUGGGAAGAAUGUGGGUAGGUGGAAUAGAGGGGAUUUCGAUGGGGAGCCGUUCAACAUCAAGGCGAAGAGGUGGUGA